UCCAAGGGCCAGAAUCAUUCAGCCAUUCAUUUAUAUUGGCCCUUGAUUAUAAACCCUAAAUCUCCUCUCUCACCAGCCAUCGUUGCAAGCUCCCUCGCUCCCUAGAGUCUUCCAUUCGCGGUCGCCGCCGUUUUCUACGAUCUUCGUUUUCAAUCAAGAUGGUGCUUCAGAACGAUAUCGAUUUGCUCCAUCCACCAGCUGAGCUCGAGAAGAGGAAGCACAAGCUCAAGAGGCUCGUGCAGACCCCCAACUCUUUCUUUAUGGAUGUCAAGUGCCAGGGGUGCUUCAACAUAACCACUGUGUUCAGUCACUCUCAAACAGUUGUGGUGUGCGGGAACUGCCAGACUGUGCUGUGCCAGCCUACUGGUGGUCGUGCCAGGCUCACUGAAGGUUGCUCUUUCAGGAGGAAGGGGGACUGAUGAUCCUGCCAAGACCACUUUUGACUCAUCUUAGUUUAUUUGAAAGAAGGCCUUUUGAAGGUUCAUCACGUGGAAGAAAAGAAAUGGGUGCUGUUGUUAUUGUCAAGUUUUCUAGGUUUGGGUUCCGAUAUUUAAUUUUGUUAGGAUCGUUCUGGACUUAGUAUGACAGUGCUGCAUUUUGAUUCUGUUUUAAUUGAGUUUGCUGUUUGACAUUAUGAGGUAUCAAUUACAUCUUGAGAUUAUAUAUUA